AUGACGAUCAAGAGAACGCGGACGCGCUGCUUCUCUGGCCUGUUCCUGCUCGCGUCUGUGAGCUACUACUUAAGCAGCCGUGACGAAGCAGCGAACACCGGGACAUCCACGCAAGAGGCCGACGCGAUGCCCGGCUGGAGUCUUCACUUCGACAGUGUCGACACGUUGUGGGACCUUUGGGCCGUGCGUCGCGAGUGCCUCUACCCUCAGCAAGUGGUGUUCUUCAUCUGCUCGGGACCGCAAAACUGGAGGCGUCGCGCGGCCAUACGCGACUCCCUGUUCGAGGAGAAGGCCAAGGUCUUCUUCAACUGGACCGGAAUGUUCGUCGUCGAAGAACCGCCAGAGGACACCGCUGAGUACGCCUGGACGCACCUCGAAGCCCGGGUGAUGGGAGACGUUCUGUUGGUGCCGCAUGGAAGACAGUACGCGGCACGGAGGACGAUGCUUCUGGGGAUGCGUUGGAUUCGCCAGCACUGCGCCCACGCCCUUUAUGUCAUCAAGGUAGACGAUGACGUCCUGAUCGAGCCAUUCGUGCUUUUCGAGUACCUGAUGAGCAACGUGGAACCGCGAGGGCGCUUGCUGCACUGCGCCACCAUGACAACAUCCAGCAGGAAGCAGAUCCCACCACCCUGGACGAGAACGUAUGGCGUCGAGAGGACCGUAUUCGACAGCUCGUCGGUACGCAGCUUCUGCGUCGGCCACGCCAUCAUCAUGAACAUGCCCAUUGUGAGCGACUUGCUUCGUGUCUCGAAACUACUGUCUCCUUGGUCCCGUUGGUCCGAGACGGCUUACGUCACGGGUCAUCUGGCCACAGCGGCCGGCUUGGGUCACACGGACCUUGGAAAUCGCGUGGCUUGGCGAGACUCGGAGGCCUACUCUUUCGUCGACGGUGGGUGGUGGAUAUUUUUCCACCUCGGGAGCACGUUUGCCGCGACCACCUUGCGGAGAGCGCUGUGGCACCAGGGCAUUUGGAACGAGGCCCUAGGCGAUGACAAGAUCCGAAAGGGACUGUCGUUGAGAACCAAACCGGCGCAGUAUGACCCGGAACUUCGGUAUUUUUACGAUGAUUGA